AGUCCCUCCCCUCCCACAAACUCUCUUCUGAGGAAACGAAACUGAUCUGAGUCUCUCUGUCGUCUGUCUGUGUGAGAGUGAACAACCGUCCAAAUGGCUCAACAGGGAGUUCUGCUGGACCAGGACCAGUUCUGUUGUUCUGUCUGUCUGGAUCUACUGAAGGAGCCGGUCACUACUAUCUGUGGACACAGUUACUGUAGGAGCUGUAUUGAGGGCUGCUGGGAUCAGGAUGAUCUGAAAGGGGUCUAUAGCUGUCCUCAGUGCAGAGAGACCUUCACUCCAAGGCCUAAUCUGAGGAAAAAUAACAUGUUGGCUGAGCUGGUGGAGAAACUGAGGAAGACAGGACUCCAGGCUGCUCCCCCUCCUGCUCUGUGCUAUGCUGGACCUGGAGAUGUGGUGUGUGAUUUCUGCACUGGGACCAGAAAGCAGAAAGCCCUCAUGUCCUGUCUGGUGUGUCUGGCCUCUUACUGUGAGACUCACCUCCAACCUCACUAUGAAUUUCCUGCUUUCAAGAAGCACAAGCUGGUCAAAGCCACGGCACAACUACAGGAGAAGAUCUGCUCUCAUCAUGACAAACUGCUGGAGGUUUACUGUCGUACCGAUCAGCAGUGUAUCUGUCUGCUGUGUGUGAUGGAUGAACAUAAAGGCCAUGAUACAGUGUCAGCUGCAGCAGAGAGGACUGAGAAACAGAGGCAGCUGGGGAUGAGUCAGCAGAAGGUCCAGCAGAGAUUCCAGGAGAGAGAGAAGGAGCUGAAGGAGCUCCAACAGGCUGUGGAGUCUUUCAAGCGCUCUGCACAGUCAGCAGUGGAGGACAGUGAUCAGAUCUUUACUGAGCUGAUCCGCUCCAUUGAGAGAAGGAGCUCUGAGGUGAAGGAGCUGAUCAGAGCCCAAGAGAAGGCUCAAGUGAGUCAAGCUGAAGGACUCCUGGAGCAACUGAAGCAGGAGAUAGCUGAGCUGAGGAAGAGAAGCACUGAGCUGGAGCAGCUCUCACACACAGAGGAUCACAUCCAUUUCCUCCAGAGGUAUCAGUCUCUCUCCAGUAUCAGUGUAUCUUCAGACUUACCCAGCAUCGUUGUCCGUCCUCUUCAGUACUUUGGAGAUGUGAGUAAGACUGUGUCUGAACUGAGAGAGAAACUAGAAGACUUCCUUAAAGGAGAAUGGACCAAGAUCUCCACUACAGUGAAUAUAGUGGAUGUUGUACUGCCUCCAGAGCCCAAGACCAGAGAACAGUUGUUACAACAUUCCUGUCAGCUCACACUGGACCCAAACACAGCAUACACACUCCUCUCUCUGUCUGAAGGGAACAGAAAGGUGACCAAUACAGGCCAUGUCCAACCACAUCCUGAACAUCCAGACAGAUUCACCAACUGGUGUCAGGUUCUGUGUAGAGAGGGUCUGUCUGGAUGCUGUUACUGGGAGGUGGAGUGGACUGGUUAUGUUGUUACAGCAGUCUCAUAUAAAGACAUCAGCAGAACAGAGACAGGUGGUAGAUUUGGAUACAAUAACAAGUCCUGGAGAUUAGAGUGCUAUAGUGGUGGUUAUUGUUUCAGACACAAUAAUGUUGAGACUAAAGUAUCAGGCCCUCAGUCCUCCAGAGUAGGAGUGUACCUGGAUCACAAGGCAGGUACUCUGUCCUUCUACAGUGUCUCUGACACAAUGACCCUCCUCCACAGAGUCCAGACCACAUUCACUCAGCCCCUCUAUCCUGGGUUUGGGAUUGGAUAUUUUUUUGUUCUCACUGGUUCUGCUGAGCUGGUUAAACUGUAGUAGGGUCCACAUAGAUACUAGUCAUGCUGGUGUAGUCUAUAGCUGAGCUGGUUAAACUGUAGUAGGGUCCACAUAGAUACUAGUCAUGCUGGUGUAGUCUAUACCUGAGCUGGUUAAACUGUAGUAGGGUCCACAUAGAUACUAGUCAUGCUGGUGUAGUCUAUAGCUGAGCUGGUUAAACUGUAGUAGGGUCCACAUAGAUACUAGUCAUGCUGGUGUAGUCUAUAGCUGAGCUGGUUAAACUGUAGUAGGGUCCACAUAGAUACUAGUCAUGCUGGUGUAGUCUAUAGCUGAGCUGGUUAAACUGUAGUAGGGUCCACAUAGAUACUAGUCAUGCUGGUGUAGUCUAUAGCUGAGCUGGUUAAACUGUAGUAGGGUCCACAUAGAUACUAGUCAUGCUGGUGUAGUCUAUAGCUGAGCUGGUUAAACUGUAGUAGGGUCCACAUAGAUACUAGUCAUGCUGGUGUAGUCUAUAGCUGAGCUGGUUAAACUGUAGUAGGGUCCACAUAGAUACUAGUCAUGCUGGUGUAGUCUAUAGCUGAGCUGGUUAAACUGUAGUAGGGUCCACAUAGAUACUAGUCAUGCUGGUGUAGUCUAUAGCUGAGCUGGUUAAACUGUAAACUGAUUU